CCUCUGCCCAGCCCAGUCGUCAGGUAAACCGAAGCCAUACUGUCAGUGCUGAGACCAACCUCCACCGACCCAUGAGAGGAGAGUCUGGACCCGAGCAGACUCCCCGUGGAAGUCUUAAAGCCUCCCUGGAUUGACAUUCGAGGCCUUAGACACUUCGUCUGAGACCGAUUUAUGGAGGCAUGGAAUUAAUAACUCCCUUUCCCUGGACCUCAAUUUCCUGGUCUGUAGAAUAGGGGUUUUGCAGCAACCGACUUGAUGAGCAAGGGGGAAGACUUCCAAGGGAUUAUUGAAAGCACAAGCAGCAAAGCAGGCUAGCCCCUGGAGAGUUGGGAUGGCAAGGGAGGCAGCCGAACUCCAGCCGACGGGACUGGGGAGGAAGCGGGGGGAGCCACAUGCCAGUAACUGGCCCAGACGCACACGGGCGGCGACGCUCCCCCGCUGAGCAGCAGCUGUCUCCAGCCCCCGACGAGCCCCACAUCUGUAGCAAGAGCUCUGUGGUCUCCUAGGCAACUGGAGACAGGGGGGCCCCUGACUGCGGUCCAGGGCGUUAGAUGAGAAGCAAGAAGACAGGUGCCGAAGAAAUGUGGAGCUUCGUUCUCGAAGCCGCUCCGCUCUGCGAAGGACCGUGAGCUUGGCCUACUUUCUGGAAAGAGCGGAGCGACCUGAAUUAAAAGGACACCUUUAACCUGGACUUUCUGGGUACCCAGAUGGCUGAGAGAUCUUCCUCCCGAUAGGGGACCGGGACCCGAGAGGGUGACGCGCCGUCCUCCCCUGCUGCCCGGGAGGGAGGGACGGCUUCAGAGUCUGCCCAUGAGCCACAAGGGAGUUGACUGUUCCCUACUGAACUGUCGUGGGCCACCAAAGAAGGGUUUUGCUAGACCCUGUGCCCAGGACCCGGCAGGGACUAGAGAACGAAAAUGGACUGAUUGCCUCCUCCUUGCGGCCAGGGGGACGGGAGAGGCCGAGCCACUGUGGCCCAGCUAGUAACAAGAGUGUUCCGGAGGAAGCUGGGUCUCAAGUUACUAGAGGCCCCCGUGGCAGCCAAAUAUCUUGUCACUGCUCCCCUGCCCUUCGUGUCCCUUGUGGCACACGCCCCUAUGCCCUUUCCCAGUGCAGCUGGAGUGGGUGGGCGGCCCAGGAGUCAGCUAAGGGAGAGGACUCGGUGACCCCCGCCCUAGCCGGCGGCCUCGCCUCCCCCUGCACCAUGAAGUUCUCCCUGCGGUUCUGGUUCCUCUCCACAGCCUUCCUGCUGGUGUUCAUCAUGUCGCUGCUUUUCACCUACUCCCAUCACAGCAUCGCCAGCCUCUCCUACCCAGACUCCGGGGGCCUGGAUGGCAACCACAGGGUCAAGCUGGUGCCGGGAUAUGCUGGACUGCAGCGCCUCAACAAAGGGGGUCUCUUGGCCAAGAGCUGCGCGUGCCGGCGCUGCAUGGGGGAUACGGGAGCCUCUGAUUGGUUCGACAGCCACUAUGACAGCAACAUCUCUCCGGUCUGGACCAGGGAGAACAUGGCCCUUCCCCCGGAUGUCCAGAGGUGGUGGAUGAUGCUGCAGCCCCAGUUCAAGUCCCACAACACCAACGAAGUGCUGGCCAAGCUUUUCCAGAUCGUGCCAGGCGAGAACCCUUAUGGCUCCCGCGACCCCCACAAAUGCCAGCGCUGCGCCGUGGUGGGGAACUCGGGCAACCUGCGGGGUUCCGGCUACGGGAGGGACAUCGACGGACACAACUUCAUCAUGAGAAUGAACCAGGCCCCAACACUGGGCUUCGAGCAGGAUGUUGGGAGUCGAACCACCCACCACUUCAUGUACCCAGAGAGCGCCAAGAACCUACCUGCCAAUGUCAGUUUCGUGCUGGUGCCCUUCAAGGCCCUGGACCUGCUGUGGAUUGCCAGUGCCCUCUCUACCGGGCAGAUUCGAUUUACCUAUGCACCUGUGAAGUCGUUUCUGCGGGUAGACAAGGAGAAGGUCCAGAUCUACAAUCCAGCCUUUUUCAAGUACAUCCAUGACAAGUGGACCGAGCAUCAUGGGCGCUACCCCUCUACGGGGAUGCUUGUGCUCUUCUUUGCCCUGCAUGUGUGUGAUGAAGUGAACGUCUACGGGUUUGGAGCAGAUAGCCGUGGCAACUGGCACCACUACUGGGAGAACAACCGCUACGCAGGGGAGUUCCGGAAGACCGGGGUGCACGAUGCAGACUUUGAAGCCCACAUCAUUGACAUGUUGGCCAAGGCCAGCAAAAUUGAGGUCUACCGUGGCAACUGAACCCCGAUUUUUGCCACCACCACCAACUUCUCCUGCCAUGGCCAGAGACUUUAGGGGCUCUCCUUCUCUAGUCCCUGGCACUCUGGGCCCUGCUGCUGCAUCCUAGAGGAGUAUUAGGUUCUCCCAACUGAUCGUGGGAGAUUUCAAGUGAGGAUUCUGGAACCAAUCAUGCUUCAGUGUAGUGGAGCACUCGUUUCUACGAACUAAUCAAUCACAAGAGACUCCGGGGGCAUCUGUCCCUGGAGACCAAUCGUGCGCGAGAAUCUAGCGGAGCUUUUGUUCUCCCAAACAAUCAUGAAGGACACACGGGAUGAGCCCAAUCCUUGAAACCAGUCACUGCUAUUGUCCAGCAGUGUUGGCUGCUGCUUCAGAGACAGAUGAGUAGCUGCUGCCCCCCACACCCAUUCUGGGAUAAAGAGCCUGUAAUUCAAGAAAAUCAGUGGGAGCAGCAGAGCUGAGACUUGGAGAGGCUGCUCUUGGUCAAGGAGAAGAGGUGAAAGAUCCAUGCCUUUCCUCGGGCACUGAUGGGAGAAGCCGGAAGGGCGCUUUUUAGCCGACACCCAGGUGCACGCUGGGUGUUCUAAGACAGCGAGGAGUGGAGGUUUCCGAGUACCAUCACGGCCUCUUUUCUUCAGAAUAAUCAGAUUUCCAGAACUCACUGGGGCCCCUAGGGCACUUGCGGGAAGACCGCGGGAGCGGUCGACAGAACGGAAGAGCCAGGGUUUUAGAGGAUUCUUACUCUUAAUCUCCCUGAAGCCCUGGGAGGUAGGGAAUGGGAGGGGAAGAGUGGUGCACUCUGAAAAAUGACGAGGACACAGAGCUGUAGCCAGUCCAAACAGGAGCCAGGUCACACCAGCAGAAGAAAGGAGGCAGUUAGGGAAAUCUCAGGCAGUAGCUUUGCCCCGUGUGAGGAGCCACAGCUGUUCUCUCAGGUCUCCCACCUGCCCUUUGACCUUCCCAGGGUCCGAGAGGAGAGAAUGAGCCCCCGGGAGGCCAACCAAAGCUGUUACCUUCUAAACCCUGAAACCCAGCGGGGGCUCUCCCUUCACCUCAAGGCUUUCCUCUCCAGGUCUUGGGCACGUGUGCUUAGCUAAUCAAGAGUCCCCGAGUUGGUCAUUCUGGCCAGAGCUUGAAGCUUCUUACCGAGGAGAGCGAGGAGGCGGCAGCCCUGUCUGGCCUCAUCAGAACAGGAGCUAUGCAAUCACUCUGUGUAAGAGUUCAUUACCUUGGGGGUCCCCCAUGCCCCUUCCUUCUGAUACCCACAGCUUGCUGGUUCCGUAACUAGGAACUUGUCUUGCUCACCAGCCUAAUUCCUGAUCUAAGAAAAACCUGUGGUGGGGACCAAGGCAAGAAAUUACUAGUGUAGGGGGUGGGGGGCCCUGCCCAGUCCCAGCCAAUGGCUAAGGGAGCGACCUCCCCGAGACCAAUAUCGUAGAGAAAAACUGUUGGGUGGAUCUCCCAGAAACCCUCCCCCUGUGGGAUCCGGUGCAGCACCAAGGAGGAAAGAGUUCGUGACACAAGGCUGCAAAUGACUAUUGGUUUGUCCUGUCACCAUUUGGAAAUUGCUAGGCAUGACAGGUUUCCAACCAGUCAUGCAAAUAGAAAGGCAUCUGGCCAGGGAGGAGCAGAACUGCCUCACUUGAUGCCACUCUGCUCUCCCUAGACUCCUCACAUCCCCUCACCCCUUCCAGCUGUCAAAUUGCCAGGCAGGCACGCAGGCAACCAGGCAGUUCUCUGCUAUUUGUAUGGCUGCCAUACACCUGGCUAUCUCCAGGAAAGCCCCUGUUUUAAUUCUAGCCCUUCGGGUUGGGAGAGUUUGUGGGGAAGGAGCUUCUGUGAAGCUUCCUUACCACUAAAACCGUCCCUCUCCAUUGCGGAACAAUCAUCUUUGGCAAACUCUGGCCUUCAGUGGGACAAAGCCUCAUCCCUUUGCAGCUCUCUCAUGCAGUUGGUGCUGCAAAGCUGCCGCACUGAGGGUCCUUUCCACCACAUGGUGGUUUCAGGGCAGCCCAAGAUCAUCCAAAAGUUUAGAUCAGUCAGGGUGGCUUCAGGAACACUAUUCCAGGGACCCACCUAGAAUUCCAGCAAGUUAUCGGGGAACCGCCGGAGGCCCAGCCUUCAUCAGGCUGGCCCGGCUAAGCCCAUCGAAACCCCGUGGGGCCCUGGCACUACCCCAGUCUCUCAGGGGGCCCUGGCCUGGGAGUUGUGCCUGGCCCCAUUUCUUGGGAUACUCAAAGUAUGAUGGCUGUGGGGUUCCCCAGAAUGUACCCAUAAGGACUUUUGGUGUUGCCCAGUCACCUACUGCGGGAGGAUUAGUCUCUGCUGUUGACAGAGUGGCAUGCCUGCAGUCCAGAAAUGACACAACCUUCUCACUGCAGGUAUCGGGGUGAAGGGAGACAGAUUUCCAGAAUAGAGGUGAGCAAGAGCUAAGUGGGCCAGUUGAGCCUUGAGAAUGAGGUCCUGCUCUUGAGGAGUGGGAGGGGUGGCCGGAGAGGGCAGAGGGAGGCCGUGGAGGAAGCAAAGAAGGUGGUGAUGUGUAGCUAAAAGACCAGAAGUCAUUUUAAUGGGAGUUUUGCCAGUCUGGCUUUUCCCUUCCUCAGGGAUGUAGGCUGAGACCUGAUUUGUGAAACCCAAGGACAGUAUUAAAGAAGGACACCAAUCCAAGAGGACGCCCCUUCUGCUGGCCUCACCUCACUGCUUUGUGAAGGGGCUACUCUGUGUGUUAGGGAUGAAAAAUGCAAUCAUGCCAACCAGUAUUGAGCAGAAUAAUUUAUUUCUUUCUUUCCAUCAGUGAAUCCGAUCCGAAGAAAUCCAGGUCGUUAUGGCCAAUCCCGAUCCGAUUACGAUAGUUUAUUUAAACACAUUAUUUUUUUCCCUUCUUUAUGAAUUAAAAAGAAAAGAAAAAAAGUCA